AUUCCUUUCAUCCAUUCACGACUUACUACCCACUUUAUGCCGAAAUCCUCCCUCCGUUCCAUAGCCGUGAUCUUAUACUAUGAUCGGUACAACGUGCUCAUGCACGCCCUGUCUGGCCUACAAAAUGCACCCUAUUUGCAUUCAAUCAUAAUUGUGUGGAACCAUCCCCGUGAACCUGAUAACUUCCGGUUGCCGAAAUCCUUUGUUCCUAUAAAG